AUGGCUCCCACCGCGAUCGUCACGGCCCCGGACGUGGACCCCGGCACCACCACCACCGCCGCCACCGCCGCUGCCGCCGCCGACAUGGCGAACCCAUCCCUCGUCGUAACCAAGGACGGGCGCAUCAAGAUGGAGGACGCGCCGAUGGCGGAGCCCGGCCCGGACGAGGUGCUGCUGCACGUGCGCGCGACGGGCAUCUGCGGCUCCGACAUUCACUUCUGGCACCACGGCCGCAUCGGCGACAUCACCGUCGAGGACGACUGCAUCCUCGGGCAUGAGGGCGCCGCCGAGGUGCUGUCUGUAGGAUCCAACGUCACGCACUUGAAAGCGGGCGACCGCGUUGCCAUCGAGCCCGGCGUCUCCUGCGGCAAGUGCUUCCUCUGCGUCGACGGCCGCUACAACCUCUGCCAGGGCGUCGCCUUCGCCGGCGUCUUCCCGCACGCGGGCACCGCGCAGCGCUUCAAGACGCACCCAGCGAGCCACGCCCACCGGCUGCCCCCGCGCGUCAGCUUCCAGACGGCCGCGCUGGUCGAGCCCCUGUCCGUGGCCAUGCACGCCCUGCGCACCAGCCCCGUCACGCUCGGCGCGCCGGCCGCCGUCUUCGGCGCCGGGCCCAUCGGCCUGCUGACCAUGGCCGUGGCGCGGGCCUCGGGCGCGCACCCCAUCGUCAUCACGGACCUCGACGAGGGGCGGUUGGCGUUUGCGAGGCGGUUCGAGCCGCGGUGCUUGACGCAUCGCAUUGAAAAGGGGGACUCGCCCGAGCAGUCGGCGAGGAAGAUACGGCGUCUCUUCGCGGGCGCGGCGGCGCAAGGUGAGGGCGAGAACGACCUGGAGGAGGAGGUGGACGAGUACCACAUGCCGCAGGUGGUGCUCGAGUGCACGGGCGUCGAGUCGAGCAUCGCGACGGCGGCGUACACGGCACGCCGCGGCGGCACCGUCAACGUGGUGGGCGUGUCGCCGCGCAUCACCAUCGACAACGUGCCCUUUAUGCACAUGUCGCUCGCCGAGAUCAAGCUGCUCUUCAUCAACCGCUACCACGACACGUGGCCGGCCGCCAUCCGCGCCAUCGAGGGCGGGCUCAUCGACGCAGGGAAGCUCGACAUGAUGGUGACGCACCGCUUCCGGCUGGAGGAGGCGAUUGAGGCGAUGACGCUGGUGGGCGGCAAGGCGAGGCCUGCGGGAGGGGACCCCGUGGUCAAGGUGCAGAUUGUAGACGAUGGAGCGUCACCGCUAGGCGGUUAG